AUGUUUCUUACUGCUGCCUGGUACACUUGUUCUCGACCAUUAGCGCGAUCGUCUUUGAUCCCUAGAUCGUCGAGAAUCCUCGUUACACGCUGUUAUGCAUCGUCAACUUCAAGCUCUAAUGACAGCUCCUCCAACAAUAAGUUCCGCAUUGCAUUCUUUGGCACUGACGAUUUUGCAGUCAAGCACUUGAAGUCUCUUAUUGUCGAAAAAGGGAAACCCAACUCAUGCAUUGAAAGUAUCGAGCUCAUAUGUCCACCGGAUCGGCGAACAGGGCGCAAAUUGAAGGAUAUCACACCGAGUCCAACCAAAGGCCUUGCUGAACUUUAUGGUAUUCCCGUGCAUCACACACCACCUAAUGCUAAAUCAUUGGAAGGGUGGGAGCUACCUACGGAUCGAGGAUAUGAUUUGGGUGUGGUGGUAUCCUUUGGUUACUUUGUGCCGGCACCUAUCAUUCACGGAUUCAAGCAUGGUGCCUUAAACGUGCAUCCUUCCCUUCUUCCCAAGUAUCGUGGUGCAGCACCUAUUCAGCACACCAUCCUCGCAGGCGAUGAUGAGACAGGUGUCACUAUUCAGGAAUUGGAUGAUAAAGCAUUCGAUGCUGGAAGGAUUCUGGCACAGAAAAAGAUGAAUUUGAAUGGAAUCAUUGCACCCAGGUAUGGUGAGCUGAAGGAGAAACUUGGUGAUAUGGGCAGUCGAUUGUUGGUGGAUACAUUGCACAAUUUCGAUAAAUGCAAGGCAAAUGCUACUAGACAGGAUUUGGCUCAAGUGACCACGGCGCCCAAGAUCAAGAAGGAGUGGAGUGAGAUUGAUUUUGAAGAUAUGGAAUCAUGGCAAGUGGAACAAUUGCAUCGUGCUAUUGGAGAACAGUAUCCUUUGCGGACCGUCUUUACAUUUACACGCAUCAAACCAUCCAAGAAGAUCAAGCAAAGACACAUCACAAUGCAACUUCUCAACAUGUAUCUACCCAAGGAUUCACCCAUUUAUGACAUGGAAGCCGUUACACCAGGUACAUUUGUGUAUUGCCCAAAGGAGAAGGCAUUGCAUAUUUGUUGUGCGGAUGGCAACCCUGUGGCAAUUACGCAUAUUAAGGCGGAAGGCAGCACCUCCAUUGCAGCGCGUGACUUUGUCAAUGGCUACGAGAUUCGCAAUCACACGGGCCAAUUCGGAUAUUUUGAUGAGGAUGAAAUCCAGCCUGGUAUGAGCGGUGUCAGGGUCCAAAAACGACGUAGCGAGUUCAAUAAAACCAUUCGCAAACGAAUGGGUAUGCGCAAGGAGGAAUUUGAAAAACUGUACAACACCAAGCUAUCAACACGUAGAUAA